AUGAAGUUCGGGAAGAGCAUCUGCGUGCUCAACGUAGGGGGAACCCGGUACGCCUUCACCCGUGAGGUGAUCAGGGAUUUCCCUCUCCGGCGCGUCAGCCGCCUGCAUGCCUGCGCAACCGAGAAAGAGGUUCUUGAACUGUGCGACGACUACGACCGGGACCGGAAUGAGUUUUUCUUCGACCGCCACGCGCAGGCUUUCGUGUUCAUUAUGCUCUACGUGCGCUCCGGUAAACUCCGGUUUGUCCCCGGAGUAUGUGAGCUGUCCUUCUACACUGAGAUGCUCUACUGGGGGCUGGAGAGCGCGCACUUGGACUCUUGCUGCCAGAAGCGCCUGGACGACAGGAUGUCUGAUAUCGGAAUGGACAGUCUGUCCGAGGGGGACGUGGGGCUGUCAGGGGACGAGUCCCAGAGCCCGGACGAGCCGGUGCAGCGGACUGCGCUCACCGGCCGCGCUAGAUGGCUCGAACUGAUGCGCAAGACGUUUGAGGAGCCCAACUCUUCCCUUGCAGCGCAGCUUUUGGCUUCAGUGUCCGUGAUCUUUGUCAUCGUCUCUAUGAUAAUGCUUUGCGCCAGCACGCUGCCGGAUUGGGAUACAGCCAAGAGAAAUUCUGUGGAGGAGCACAGGUAGGCGAUGGUCAACAGUCAGAUCGUGGAGGCAGUGUGCAUUGGCUGGUUUACAGCAGAGUGCAUAGUGCGCUUUCUGGUGGCCAAAGACAAGUGGGAGUUCCUCCGCAGGCCACUCAAUAUCAUCGACGUGAUCGCCAUCACCCCCUACUAUGUCACCAUGGCGAUGGCCCGGGCGGGGAUGCCUGGUGCCGGGCUCGGGGUUGCCGGAGUGUUCUUGCGGGUGCUGCGGAUGAUGCGGGUGUUCUGGCUCAUGAAGCUGGCCAGACACUUCCUGGGCCUGCAGACUCUGGGGCUGACGCUACGGCGCUGUUACCGGGAGAUGGUGAUGCUGAUGGUGUUUGUCUGCGUUGCCAUGGCGAUAUACAGCGCUCUGGCCCAGCUCCUGGAGCACGGCUUGGACUUGGGCACGCAGAACCACGACUACGCCAGCAUCCCGGCCGCUGCCUGGUGGGUCAUCAUCUCCAUGACGACGGUGGGAUACGGGGAUGUGUAUCCGGUGACAAUUGGGGGACGAGUGCUGGGGGGAAUGUGCGUAGUGAGCGGCAUCGUGCUCCUGGCUCUGCCCAUCACCUUCAUCUACCACAGUUUCGUUCAGUGCUACCAUGAACUCAAGAUGCGCUCUGCCAGAUACGCGCGCAGCCUUUCUGCAUCUGAGAUGCUGCGAUGAAACACGCACUUAUACCAAACCAACCAACUC